UUCCUCCUCUGAUCAGAGACCAUGGGAGAGUGGGGUUUUCUGUCCUCUCUCCUGGACAAGGUCCAGUCGCACUCGUCCGUCAUCGGGAAGGUCUGGCUCAGCGUGCUUUUUAUCUUCAGGAUCAUGAUCCUUGGAGCUGGAGCAGAUAAGGUUUGGGGCGAUGAACAGUCGAAUAUGAUUUGCAACACCAAACAGCCCGGUUGCAAGAACGUCUGCUACGACCACGCCUUCCCGAUCUCACACAUUCGAUUCUGGGUCCUCCAGAUCAUCUUCGUCUCGACGCCGACGCUGAUCUACCUCGGUCACGUCCUCCACGUCAUCCACAAGGAAAACAAGAUGAGAGCAUUCAUGCAGACGCAUUCUAGAAGUGAAGUCGUCAAAGUUCCCAAGUACUCGGACGAAAAAGGCCAAGUCACGAUUAAAGGCAACCUGCUGACGACCUACAUGACCUCCAUUCUUUUCAGAAUCCUUCUGGAGGUAGCGUUCAUCGUGGGUCAGUAUUAUCUGUACGGGUUCAUCAUGGACCCGAGAAUCGUCUGCUCCCGAGCUCCGUGUCCCUUCACCGUCGAGUGCUACAUGUCUCGACCCACAGAGAAGACCAUCUUCAUCCUCUUCAUGCUGGUGGUGUCCUGCGUCUCCCUGCUUCUCAACGUAGCAGAGAUCUUCUACCUGGUGUGCUCCCGCUCCGCCAGACGAAGGUUUAAAAGACUGCCGUCUCCAGCGACUGUCAUUCAGCCUCGUUUCCACGGCGACAGCCUGGUGAAAAAUGAGAAGUUCGGCCUCCAUGACGACAGUCACAGCACGGCCUGA